UCGAGAUGACGAAAACCCUAGCGGCGUGUGUGAAGUAUUUCGUAAUCCCAUCGCUUUUCAGAUCUGUGUUUCAGCUCGUACAAAAACUCGCGUUGUGAAUCAAUCCUCUUCAGUUGAAACCGGGGUAUUUGAAACUCUGUAUCAAAUGGAGGUUCUUUUUGAUUCUGAAGAUCUCUAUCAGGUCAAAAAAAGAAAAAAAUAUCUCUAUCAGGUCGAGGAUAAGGUGCAUGAGCCACGUGAUCUACCAGUAACUUUACAAUUUCAAUGGUUUCAAACGGAGCUUCAUUUUGAUUUUGAUGCUCUCAAUCAGGACAAGGAUAAGAUCAUUGGUCAUAUAAGGCAUGAGCUACUUGAUGCAUCAGAAUUUGUAGAAACUCGUGUGUGCCGUAUUUCAAAGUUUGCUGAUGAAGACAAUGCAUGGAUGGUACGUGACAUAUUAUUGACAGUGCUUGGUCACUUUGGACCAUACUUGCCAUUUCCCUUUCAAGUGGAAGCAGAUUCUUCAUGGUAUCUUCCCUUCUUAACGGAAGGUGCUCUUUUCAGACCAUCCAGAGAAAAACUCUAUGAAUCCUGUACUCUUUACGAUGACGGACACGUCUUUUUCCCAUCUAUAUCCUAUAAAAGUAUCUUAAGGGAUAUAAUUGGAUCUGUUUGGAUUUUGAGUGAUACACAAUUGCGUUGUCGCUUAUCUCUGGAGAAUAUUUACAUAGUGGAGUAUGAUGGCACUUGCAUGCAGGAUCGUGCUACUUUUGCCAAGUUUUUGAGAUUUGACCUACGAGAGCGUCUAAUUGAUGACAAAGUUGAAGUGCGUGAAGAAUUGAAGAAACUUUUUGAGGAGAUCAAUAGCAAAUGCAAUGUUGAUGGUGGUUCAAAAUUUGAGUUUGACCUUUUUUUGAAGAAUUUCACUUUGGAGCAUAUUACUAAACCAAGCAGCUUUGAUGAUACAAAAGGGGUGUCGGAUACCAGUAUGAAGAAAUGUAUUGAGACCAUUAGGGACUUGUACUUCAAUUUUGAACGUUUGAAACAACAAUUGGAGAAUAUGGGGGUCAAACCCAAACUUCAAGACGCUGAGCAAGUCGUGGAUUACAUCCAUUACAUAUUCCCGUACCUCAUUGGUGCAUUAGCUGAACGAGCAUUUGCAAUGAAGUGGGAUUUGAAUAUGUCUUUUGAUGAACCAAAUGCACCAGCGUAUUAUUUUUUCCCCCCUAAUCCAGUGGAAGUUGAGUAAGGACCAACAGCUUCUUGUACACUGUCCCAGAUUUUUAAUGUCAAAACAUUUAUCCUCUGUUUACUGCGGAGCAUUUUUGCCCGUUUUAUAUGCAUAUGAAUAUUGAGAGUGUAUGUUGUCUGUUGACUUUCUGUAUCUUGAGGUUGCUUAGUUGAUGAGCUGUUCACAUGCAGUUGCUAGUUA